UCUUCAUAUUCGCUCUCUUAAGAAUGCUAUUGCCACGAUCUUCUUAUCGGUUUCUUGAAACCGAAGGCGGGAACUGAUUCUAUCUUCUGUUCCAUCGAGACUCAUCUCUUUCUUCCAACAAAGAUCUAUGGGGGAGAUACUCUUCUUCCCAUUUCAUCUUCCCUUUUCAUAUAUAUAUGAAUCUAAGGUGUCCCAGAUGAAGGAAUAUCCAAGAUUUCCCGUUUGUUUGACGCAUUUUUCUGGUAAAAGUUAAUACUCUUUCUCUUUCAGCUCUGGUGCGACAAGGAAAUGCCGCGCUUGCUUCACGGGACGCUUCAUGCUAAUAUAUUUGGAAUCGAUAAGCUUCAAACUGGAUUUCCUAUCUUCUGUGGGAAGAAGGAUUUGAUAAAACAAUUUGAUCUGCAUUUGUACGUGUUAAAGUCCAUCAAGAAUCUUAAUUCUACAAAAUACUCUUCACUACAUUAUUUGCAGUCUUUGACUGAGGUGAAUUUUCCAUUGCAGGAUAAGAGGGUAAGUGUCUUUCACUGCGAGAUAACUCGAAAAAGUCAGGUUUUCAUUUUGUUUUUUUUUAUCAGUGCUCUAGUUAAUGUUAGUUUCAUUUACCAUCUUUUUCCAUCUUCUUCUCAUGGAGAAAAGUCAACAAAAAAGUUUCUUGCUGGAGUGAAGAGAUGCAUCCUUUGCCGGCCUGAGAUUGUUGGAUCUCAAAUGUAUGCAACAGUCGAUCUCGAUAAGGCUCGAGUUGGGCGGACAAAAAUCGUGGAUCAACCAUACAGUCCUCAGUGGAAUGAGUAUUUUCGUAUAUACUGUGCCCAUACAGUGUCACAUGUUAUAUUCACAGUUAAAGAUGGAGGUGUAAUUGGUGCAACACUGAUUGGAAGAGCUUAUGUGCCUGUUGAGGAUAUUGUAAAGGGAUAUGUAUAUGAGAAAUGGGUUGAAAUAUUGGAUGAAGACCAUAAGCCUGUCUACGGCCGUUCUAGAAUCUAUGUAAAGUUGCAAUUUUCAAGUGUUAAUGAAGACAGGAGUUGGUCUCGAGGAAUCAUGGAUCCGAGGUUUGGUGGUGUCCCUUACACAUUCUUCAAACAAAGAGGGGGUUGCAGAGUUUCUCUUUACCAGGAUGCUCAUGUUCUGAACAACUUCCUUCCUCGUGUUGGUCUGUCGGGAGGGAAUUAUCAUGAAAUAAACAGGUGUUGGGAGGACAUUUUUGAUGCGAUCAACAAUGCAAGACACAUAAUUUACAUAGCUGGUUGGUCUGUGUACACCGAAAUAACGUUGAUAAGAGACCGAGAAAGAAGAAAUACGGGAGACGACAUUACUCUCGGGAAACUGCUAAAGAAGAAGGCAGAGGAAGGUGUGACUGUGUUGCUUCUUGUUUGGGACGACAUAACUUCCUCUGAAGAUUUCAAAAGAGAAGGUUUGAUGGCAACUCACGAUGAGGAAACUGCAGAAUACUUCAGGGACUCAAAGGUACACUGUGUUCUGUGUCCAAGGAAUCCUGAUGUGGGAAAAAGCUUAGUUCAGGGCUUUGAGACAGCCACCAUGUUUACCCACCACCAAAAGACAAUUGUGCUUGACAGUGAUAUAGCUGGUGGAAGAACGGAUAAAAGGAGAAUUGUGAGUUUUGUUGGUGGUAUUGAUCUGUGUGAUGGGAGAUACGAUACACCAAAACACCCUUUAUUUUCAACUCUAGAUUCAAUCCACUAUAGUGAUUUCCAUCAGCCCAACUUUACAGGCUCUUCAAUCAGGAAAGGAGGUCCAAGGGAACCAUGGCAUGAUAUCCAUUGCCGCCUAGAAGGGCCUGUUGCUUGGGAUGUCCUAUACAAUUUUGAGCAAAGAUGGCAAAAGCAAGUUGGAAACAACUUUCUGAUUCCAAUGCAAAAGCUUGAAGAAACCAUUACCCGUCCAUUAAUGGUUUUACCGUCAGACGACAACGACACAUGGAAUGUUCAAAUAUUUCGAUCCAUCGAUGGCGGUGCAGUUAAGGGCUUUCCAGAUAUACCUGGAGAAGCAGAUAAAGUAGGCCUUGUAAGUGGGAAGAAUAAUAUUAUAGAUAGGAGCAUUCAAGAUGCUUAUAUCAAUGCUAUUCGCAGAGCAAAGGACUUCAUAUACAUUGAGAAUCAAUAUUUCCUUGGAAGUUCUUAUGGUUGGAAAUCAAAUGUUAUAAGGGUAGAAGAAAUCAAUGCCCUGCAUCUUAUUCCGAAGGAGAUCUCACUUAAGAUUGUGAGCAAGAUUGAAGGUGGAGAAAGGUUUACAGCAUAUAUUGUGAUUCCAAUGUGGCCAGAAGGUAUUCCAGAGAGCGCAUCAGUUCAAGCAAUUCUAGAUUGGCAAAGGAGAACCAUGGAGAUGAUGUACACAGACAUAACUCAAGCCCUUCGAAAGAAGGGUCUGGAUGCAAAUCCCAGAGACUACCUGACAUUCUUCUGCCUCGGCAACCGAGAGAAGAAGAGGACCGGAGAACAUGUUCCACCAGAGAAACCGGAGCCCAACUCCGAUUACGCUAGGGCUCAAGAGUUCAGACGCUUUAUGAUCUAUGUUCAUUCAAAAAUGAUGAUAGUUGACGAUGAAUACAUAAUUAUUGGGUCUGCGAACAUCAACCAGAGGUCAAUGGAUGGAGGAAGAGACUCUGAGAUUGCAAUGGGGGCGUUUCAGCCUCAUCACUUGGCCGGCGGGGAGGCUGCAAGAGGUCAAAUCUAUGGCUUCCGAGUGGGUCUCUGGUACGAGCAUCUUGGCUUGUUUGACAAAGUAUUCCAAAACCCAGAGGGUGAAAACUGCGUCCAGUUCGUGAACAAGCUCGCUCAAGAAAACUGGCAACUUUACACGGACGAUACCUUCGACGGGGAUCUUCCUGGUCAUCUUCUUCGGUACCCCAUUGAAGUUGGCCCUGACGGGUCAGUUUCGCCGCUGCCGGCAUUUGAAUUUUUCCCUGACACGAAGGCUCGUGUUCUUGGCCAACUGGCCGAUUAUCUACCCGCAAUCCUUACCACUUGACGACAUGUCGGCUGACCAGGAUCGUUUGAAUGCUUUAAUCGUCUCGUCGUGCCUAGGCUUGGUAGUGUAAUGGUCAAGAUUUGAUUUUAGAUUAGUUGAUUGAUGAUAAAUCAUUUUAUUGUCAUCUCAGUUAAAAGUUGGAACAAAUACCAAGAUUAAUGGAAGAUUAUGAGAACAAAUAUGUAAUUUUCUAAGUCUUGCAAUAUUGAUAUAUUCUCA